AUGGGUUCGACAUCAACAACCUUUCCCCGCAUCAAAGAGAUUCGGACAUUCAUCAUCAAUGGAGUAGGAUCUGGAGGUGACUACCACAAUGUCAAGGGUGGCCAUUGGCUGGUGGAUAGCAGUAUAUCUACACCCAUGACACGAUGGGCACAAUAUCGUGGCUCGCGUACAUCUUGGGGAAUCAACGUCUUGGGUUCCUUCUGUGUAGAGAUUGAAGCCACCGAUGGAUCCAAGGGCUUUGCAACUGGAUUUGGUGGUCCUCCGGCUUGCUGGCUGGUGCACCAGCAUUUCGAGCGAUUCUUGCUCGGCGAAGACCCCCGGGAUACCAACAAUCUGUUCGAGAAAAUGUACCGCGGAUCCAUGUUCUACGGCCGAAAGGGGCUUCCAGUGGCUGUCAUCUCGGUGAUCGAUUUGGCUCUCUGGGAUCUUCUGGGGAAAAUUCGCAAUGAACCUGUCUAUAAGCUCAUCGGUGGAGCUACCCGUUCGCGAUUGGACUUUUACUGCACAGGCCCGCAGCCUGCCUCGGCAAAAUCAAUGGGAUUCUCGGGGGCUAAGGUUGCUCUGCCUCAUGGCCCCGAUGAAGGAACGGAAGGCUUGUUGAAGAAUGUGCAGUACCUCCGUUCGCAGCGUGACAGUGUUGGUCCAGACUUCCCCUUGCGCGUGGACUGCUAUAUGUCUUUGAAUGUCCCUUAUACAAUCGAGCUCGUAAAACGAUGUGAGGCCGAGGGUAUCAACAUUGACUGGUGGGAGGAAUGUUUGACCCCUGACGACUUUGACGGCCAUGCUCUUCUCAAGAGAGCCCACCCCACAGUUAAGUUCACCACUGGUGAGCACGAAUACUCCCGUUACGGAUUCCGCAAACUCGUUGAGGGACGUAACCUGGACAUUCUCCAGCCAGAUGUGAUGUGGGUUGGUGGUAUGACGGAACUUCUCAAGGUCUCAGCACUCGCUGCCGCAUACGAUCUCCCUGUCGUGCCUCACGCCUCAGGUCCUUACUCGUACCACUUUGUGGUCUCUCAGCCCAACACACCCUUCCAGGAGUAUCUUGCCAACUCUCCUGAUGGAAGAAGUGUUGAGCCGGUCUUCGGAAACCUCUUCUUGAACGAGCCCAUCCCCACCAAGGGAUACCUCGAUGUCUCAAUUUUGGACAAGCCAGGAUUUGGCCUCGAGCUCAACCCAUCUGCACCUUUGAUCAAUGCUGCUUCUAUCCUCACUCCAGCGCCUCAGAAGAGCUUAUCAUUGCCCGCGGAGAAUGAGCAGAACGCCAAUGGAACAGCUUAG